UUCUUUCCCCCUUAGGAGAAGUCGGGAAGGUGGCAGCGGCGGCGGUGGCGGUUGUCCCGCCCGGCCGGUUGGUGUGACCGGUCGGCGCGUGCUGCGCAGCUUCCGAGCCUCGUCCAGCCGGGAGGAACCGAGCAGAGACCGAGACCGGAGUCCGCGCGGGCGGAGGGCGGAGGCGGCGGCGGCGGCGGCCAGGGCGGCCCGUGGGAGGGAGCGCGGGGCCCCGGCAGCGCCGCCGGCUCCCGGCCCUGCCGGCCUCCUCGGUCGGAGCCGCGGCCAUGGCGGCCAGCGCGAAGCGGAAGCAGGAGGAGAAGCACCUGAAGAUGCUGCGGGACAUGACGGGGCUGCCGCACAACCGCAAGUGCUUCGACUGCGACCAGCGCGGCCCCACCUACGUGAACAUGACGGUCGGCUCGUUCGUGUGCACCUCUUGCUCCGGCAGCCUGAGAGGGUUAAAUCCACCUCACAGGGUGAAGUCUAUCUCCAUGACAACAUUUACACAACAGGAAAUUGAAUUCUUGCAAAAACAUGGAAAUGAAGUCUGCAAACAGAUUUGGCUAGGAUUAUUUGAUGAUAGAUCUUCAGCAAUUCCAGACUUCAGGGAUCCACAAAAAGUGAAAGAGUUUCUACAAGAGAAAUAUGAAAAGAAAAGAUGGUAUGUUCCUCCAGAGCAAGCCAAAGUGGUGGCAUCGGUUCACGCUUCUAUUUCAGGGUCCUCUGCCAGCAGCACAAGCAGCACCCCUGAGGUCAAACCCCUGAAAUCUCUGUUGGGAGAGUCUGCACCAGCACUGCACUUAAAUAAGGGCACACCUACUCAGUCACCAGUUGUAGGUCGCUCUCAGGGGCAGCAGCAGGAGAAGAAGCAGUUUGACCUUUUGAGUGACCUUGGCUCAGACAUCUUUGCUGCUCCAGCGCCUCAGUCGACAGCUACAGCCAACUUUGCUAACUUUGCACACUUUAACAGUCAUGCAGCGCAGAAUUCUGCAAAUGCAGAGUUUGCAAACUUUGAUGCAUUUGGACAGUCUAGUGGUUCGAGUAAUUUUGGAGGUUUCCCCACAGCAAGUCACUCUCCUUUUCAGCCCCAAACUACAGGUGGAAGUGCUGGAUCAGUAAAUGCUAAUUUUGCUCAUUUUGAUAACUUCCCCAAAUCCUCCAGUGCUGAUUUUGGAUCCUUCAGUACAUCCCAGAGUCAUCAGACAGCAUCAACUGUUAGUAAAGUUUCAACAAACAAAGCUGGUUUACAGACAGCAGACAAAUAUGCGGCACUUGCUAAUUUAGACAAUAUCUUCAGUGCUGGGCAAGGAGGUGAUCAAGGGAGUGGUUUUGGGACCACCGGUAAAGCUCCUGUUGGUUCUGUGGUUUCAGUUCCCAGUCAUUCAAGUGCAUCUUCUGACAAGUAUGCAGCCCUGGCAGAGUUAGACAGCGUGUUCAGUUCUGCAGCCACCUCCAAUAAUGCGUACACAUCCACCAGUAAUGCUAGCAGCAGUGUCUUUGGAACAGUGCCUGUGGGUGCCUCUCCUCAGACACAGCCUGCUUCAAGUGGGCCUGCUCCAUUUGGAGCUACGCCUUCUACGAAUCCAUUUGUUGCUGCUACUGGUCCGUCUGCAGCGUCAUCUACAAAUCCAUUUCAGACCAAUGCCAGAGGAGCAACAGCGGCAACCUUUGGCACUGCAUCUAUGAGUAUGCCAGCAGGAUUUGGCACUCCUGCUCAGUACAGUCUCCCCACCAGCUUUAGCGGCAGUUUCCAGCAGCCUCCCUUCCCAGCCCAAGCAGCUUUCCCUCAGCAGACAGCCUUUUCUCAGCAGCCCAAUGGUGCAGGUUUCGCCACAUUUGGACAAACAAAACCAGUGGUAACACCUUUUGGUCAAGUAGCAGCUGCUGGAGUGUCUAGUAAUCCUUUUAUGACUGGUGCACCAACAGGACAAUUUCCAACAGGAAGCUCAUCAACCAAUCCUUUCUUAUAGCCUUAUAUAGACACUGUACUGGAACGAACUUUUAUGUCAUCAUAUUACAUCUCCUCGCCUCUUGCACUGUUGUCUUGUUUCACUGACCUUAGCUUUAAACAUGAGAGAAGUCUUUAAAAUGCCUGCAUUGUGUAUUAAACACCAGGUAAUAUGUGCAAAACAGAGGGCUCAGCAACAACUUUUCACUUGUGAAUUGGCAGGAAAAGGUAGCGGCAUCAUGUAAGUUAAAAAUUGGCUAACGUUAAGUUAUUGCAGAUCCCACAUUCAUUAUGCUGCAGCACUGUACAUAUUUUUCUUAGAAAUUAGCUAUUUGUGCAUAUCAGUAUUUGUAACUUUAACACAUUGUUAUGUGAGAAAUGUUACUGGGGAAAUAGAUCAGCCACUUUUAAGGUGCUGUCAUCUAGCUUGAAAUGAAUGAUUAAAAUCAUUUGAAACAUUGCUUCUGGAAAAUUCAGAUUGGAAGGUUCUAUUCGUUCUUGAAUUUUUCCUUCUGAAGAGCUCUUCUAUUCGUACAUGGCUAAGUUCUUUAAGGAUGUGGAGGACACCUGUCUGCGGCUAAAGCUGAUCAUGUUUUGCUACAGUUUGCAGGUGAACAAAAUAAAUACUAGAAAAUAUGCUAUUGUUUUUUGUGUUCUUGCUGCAAUGCCUUUACCAAAGUGGCCUUAAAUAAUGAGUAGUGAGUUGAGAACAUCUUGAACUCUUAAAGACUUCUAGUGACUAACUUUUUUAAAAAGGCCAUGUAGAAAAUUUAUUAAAACUACUAGGACUGCUAUAUUCAGGAAUGUGACAGUGGAAAAGCAUUUAAAUGUAGCUUGUCAGAUUCACCAUGCUACUUCUAAUUUCUCUGCAACUUCUUAAUUUUGUGAAAUUUGUAAAUAUGGAGAGAAUUUGCAUGUAUGUGUAUUUACAAAUAUUUUUAAAAGAUCUUGAAUUCUCAGACUGCAAAAUGCCUACUUUAACUCUUUUCCCUUCUGUGUGCAUUGUCUCUGAAUGUACUGGAAUCAGACGUGCACUGACCGUGACCGUGACGUGGUCGCACCAGAGGUCCCCUCACUUUCUGGACAGACUAAUACUGUCUGUCAAACGUUUGUUUGUGUUUGUUUUGGGGAUAAAGGAAAAGGAACCCGAUGUUACCUUAAAGUGAUGAAAUACUGUGUAAAAUGGUAGCCAUACUAAUAUUAGUUUAUCUUUUUGUUAAUAUUCAAAUGAACUUGUUUAAAUAUUUAUAUGUAGUAAUGCCUCAUUCAUCCCGGGAUAAUCUGGCCCUUUCAUCAAAACCAAAUACAACUAAGAAUUGAAAUGAUUAAAAAAAAUCUUUGAACAAUACCCCUAAGUUAUGAAUUCUGUAUGUAGAGCAUAUGUUUCUUUGAAUGUGUUUAAUUGUUUGAUAAUUUGAUUUAUAUUGGUCCAUAGCAUAUUAGUGUUGAUGAACGGAGGGGAUCCACAAAUCGGAGGAAGAAAGAGCAUGGAUGGCCAGGCCCCCUAGGGACAGCCAGCUCAGGCGAGAGGUGGUGACUCUGCCGUCAAAAGCUGGAACUGCACACACAAUGCCGGUUAGAAAGUGACUUGAAAUGUUUAAGGGUUGGUUUGAAGUGAUACAAGCACCACUUUCCUCACACAUUUUAUUCAUUUUGGAUGUAUUUUUGCAGUGAUGGCUGUUAUCAUACUCUAAAGUCUGGGUGUUUACUUGAAGCACUGUGGUCGGGUGCCCUCCCAUCGGGAAGUUGUGCUUUAUGUGUACUUGACAGGUGGUGUGCCCAAGCCUGAGGACCCGUUAGUGCUGCUCAGCUGGCCUGAACUCUGGGCAGUCUCGAACUCUCUGUACAGUUUGGGGAUCUCAUCUGUUUUCGUGGAGGGAAAAUUUAAAUGUCUCUAAACUUUUGUUUGGGAUUGUAUUAGAUCAAAUCAAUUCACAUGUACAAGUUAAACUAUAUAAUUAUAGGCCGUUACCCAAAUACCCCAGCAGCCUUUCCACCUAGUAAGUAAAUUAAACAGUUGUUAUUCAAAGUAACUUUAAAGACUAUUUUUUCUAGUAGUUCUUGAGAUGUGUAAUUAAAUGGGGUGUUGUUUUGACUUUCAGUGAGUGCCUAUAGCACAAACACAAGUACCGAGGUUCAGAACAGUUCAGUGUUAAAGCGGGUUUUCUCAGGCUUGUGUUUGGGUUUCUUCUCAUUUUCGGCACUGAGUGAGCACUGGGAGGACGGUGCUCAGUGGCAGCUGGGGGUCGCACACUUUGGGCUCGUGAUUGCUCACAACAGGCCUCCUCCCUCUGUCUCCGAUGAGCAUGACGUUCUGUAUUAAUAAGUUCAAAAACAUCUUGAUCCAUCUUGUUUUUAUGACUUAAGGAGUAUUUUAUUUUAGACUUUUUAAAUAGGUUGUCAUCUUCCAUAAAAUCAUUUGUUCUGUAAAAACACCCGUUAUAUGGGAGGUACUUGGUACCUCUUCCUGUCAGUUGCAAAGUCGAGAGAGUAACUGUCUGCUUACAGUCACUGUGCCAGCAUUUAUGAAACAUACUGUUUUACAGUCACAGUUUUUAUAACUGUCGAUGAUCCUCCAAAGAGCUUUUGUUUACAAAACUUGACUCUUUCAUAGGUUAGUAUAUUAUAGAUAAGUACAGAGGGAUUUCUAAAGCAUGCCUUCUUUUAGAUAUGACUGCAAUAGUCCGACUACUUGUUACCCUUGUCAGACUCUCUUGUAGCCUGGCAGGGAGGCACUGGAAACUGCUAUGUAUACCUGUGGGUUCCAGAUGGGGAAAAAGGCACAAACCACCUUAGAAUUAAUAGGAAAGCAGCCAGACCUGGCGCAGGUAUUCAGGGUCCCCAGAUAACAUUGAAAACACAGCACUUUAAGUUUUUAUGUUCCUGAUCCAUGUACCUCUGUCUGGGGAAACCUUGCUCCUUCUGAAUUUAAGGGGUUGUUUCCUUUGAUGAAAUUCCAGUUGAAAUCAAUGUUAAAUAUUUUAAUGUACUAAUGGUGAUGGUGUGUGUGUGGUGGUUUUUACGCCCUAAGUGGUUUCUUCUCUCUGCUCAUGUGUUAGAAUCUACAAGGCAUAGAACAGGUAAGCGAGAGUAACCGUUUCUAUUCUUGGAGAAAGUGCUAUUGGGUUAAAUUGUGCUUUCACAUUUAGGUGUGCGUAGAGCUUGUCUCGUUACCAAGUUACUUUGUAUUCUCAAAAACCUUAAAUCAUUUAACCUGAGUUCUUUGAUACUUUGAUGAGAUAAGUGCUGUUUGCUCUAUAGAGUCCAGUUUGCUUCUUUUAAAUGCAGGGUCUCUACACAGCCCUGACUGUCCUGGAACUCACUCUGUAGGCCAGGGUACCUCAGACUCACAGGGAUUGUCCGCCUAUGCACCACACCCACCUAGCCCGCUGAGUCUUAGUAACCUGUAGAGUAGAGGGCUGAGGGAUAGGACAGCUUUCUUUGCAUCUCAGGUUGGGACAGCUUACCUUUAGUUAUGUAGUCUAUUCCCCUACAGUUUUAAAUUUGCUCUUUAAAAGGUUAUUAAAACUGUGUAUAAGUUAGCUUAUUGUAUUGAAUUUAUCACUCUGUUGAACUUUGUGUAUUUUAAAGCAGUGUCAUUACCUUGCUUUUGUAUGGUUGUAUUUGAACAAAUGGAGAUGGACUGUGACCAGGACUGUGCUGGUGAGUGCUUGCCAGCCGUCUCUGAAGAGAAGAUGAGGCAACCUGCCUUGUAGUGGGCUGGGGUCGUGAAAUACCGUUUGAAAGGAGCACGAGUGGAUGUGCUGAGCCUGAGUUAGACAGCUCUGGUACAGCACUCAUGUGCAGCCCACAACUCACUGGAUUUACUGCUCCUCUGAUGAUUAGUCCAGGCUUUGAAAACCUUUGUUUUAUAUUUUUACUGAUUCAUUCUGUAAGCAUAUAGGUGCUAGUUUAUUUCUGAAAGUCCACUAUAAUUUGGAAAUGUCCAAGUGCUGUGCAAGAUUGGAAAAGACGAUCUAGUCUUUCCUGGUGUAGGGCUGUCCAGGCGAUUGCUGUCUGCUGACGUGCCACCGUAGUACUUCUUAGAACUUGGAGCGAGCCUGUACUCGGCAAAGGUUCCCUAUCCCCACAUCUCACUGCUUCCCUGGCCUUGCAGUGACCAGAUCCCGGACAGGGUGGAAGGUGAGAGAGCUUUCCUCUGGCACCUUUUCCUUUCAGUUUAGUCUUUCCAGUGAAGACUUCUGCCAAGAAGGUGUAUCUAAUGUCCUAUCCAUUCUGCAUGUUUAUUCCUACAGUUAGAAUCCAUUGAAUCUACACUUGUCCAGUACCUAGGUCUGUGGAAACAAUGUUUUGAUUCAGAAUUUUAUAAAAAAAAAAUCCCAGACAGAAUAUUUUAAUUGCUGAUAGACGUGCCCAUUGGAUUAAUUUUUAAAAUUGGUUUGUUCUCCAGAGUCUUGACCACUUGUUGUCUGAGUCACAAUCUUAAAAAAGGAGCCUUGUGAUUAGGACACUUGGCAGCAAAGUGUAAAUGAAUGUUACAUAGUGUCCUAGAGUGUGGUGAAUAGAACCAGAUCUUUAAAGACGUAGAAGUCUUUAUAUGUUCUAAAUAACAUGCUUAGGGUUUUUGCAAUUAUGAAGUGUACACAGGGUAUAAGGUAAAUGUUUCCCUCUGCAACUUGAUUUUUGCACUUCAGGGGAAUACUUAGUGUUCCUUGUAUUCUUUGUAGUUUUCAGGAAUGCUGACUGUUUUGUCUACAUAUCUGUGCAUGCCUUUCAUGGUUCUGCCUUUUAAAAAUAGAGAGUUUUGCAACCUUUUCCUUUGGUUUAACUUGGACACGUUUCCAUUUUGCCACAUGCAGCACUGUCCCAUUGUGUGAAUGGCAUCAAAAUCCAGGAGUGGAUGUCCUUUACAGGAACAUUUUUGUAUGUAUAUGCAUACAUAACGUAUACAUGUAUACAUGUACACAUGUAUAUACACACAUAUACAUAUACAUAUAUAUGUACAUGUGUAUGUUUAUAUGAAAAUUCUUGAUUUUGUCUGAUAGGGAACUUUCAACAAAACAGAAAAUUCUAUUUUGAGGCUCACCAGCUAUUUAUAUACAAUAUUUUAUUUCCACCUGAGAAAAUUUUAAGGUCUCUCAAAUAGUUGUAAAAUCCAGCAUUUAAAUUAAACCAGGAGGGCAUUCAGUUUACUCACUGAGACUAUGGAAUCUUAUGUCGUAUUCUAUACCUUGCUCUCGCUGUCACCCCUACCUGUGACCCCUAAGGUUUGUAAGAGUGGCUUGAAGCCUCGAGUAUUGUGUAUCUCCACAGCCUCCGUGAUUGGAGUGAAGUUUAUAUUUAUGAAAGAAAGUACAAGUCUAUUUUUUCACAAUUAGUGUCUUCAGAAUUAACUUUUGCUUUGGAAAACAUUUCGGGAACAACUCAUAAAAGUUUUGAUUUUGGCAUCUUUUAGUAUUAGUUAUGCAUAGAGUUUGCUUCCUAGAGAAGUGUUUUUCAUGGAGAACACUUACCUAAUCACUGACUUGAGAACGCCUCUACAUGUGGAGGGUACAAGUUCAGCGUGACGGAGUUCAAAGGGCAGCAGUCAGGGGCCAGCCCUCUGUGGGCUGUAUUUGGAAAACGUUAACAUGCUAAGGUUUUCGAGGCUCAGUCUUGGUGCAGGAAGUGGUUUUAGGUAGACACUGAUUUUGAUAAUUGUUUCUUUUCUCCUUUGGAGAUGCUGAGGAUUGGACCCUCAGUCUUGCACAUGCUAGGCAAUGCUCUACAACUAAGUCCAGCUAAUUUCUUGUUCAUUGUAAAAUAUUGUUGAAAUAAUUUUUUAAAAAUAAAGACAUGAAUUUGUGUACCAUU